AUGACUAUCGGCAAGCCUGGAGUUGAAGGGACCCGAGUCCACACGCUGGAGGACUCCGCUGCGCUCUUGGACAUCUUCCAGGCGCACGGCCACACCGACGAGUACCUGGGCGAGAUCGGGUGGCAACAGCGCGGCCUCGAGGUCCACACCAAGAUCUACCCCACCGCGGGCAAGAACAUGGGAGGAGAAGACUGGACCCACCGCCCGGCCGACCUGCGUGCGGCGCUGAUGCGCAGCAAGGCCGCACUCAAGGCAUCGUCGAGCGCUGAUGGCGCCGACAAGAAGGUGCCAAUGAUAGACAUAUGGUACCUUCAUGGGCCCGACCGUAGCGUGCCGUUCGAGGAGACUCUGCGCGAGGUCAACAACCUCUACCGCGAGGGCCACUUCCGACGCUUCGGCAUCAGCAACUACAUGGCCUGGGAGGUGGCCCAGAUAUGCGAACUGUGCCGCAAGAACGACUGGGUCCAGCCCAGCGUGUACCAGGGCCUCUACAACGCCCUCCACCGCGCCGUCGAGCCCGAGCUCUUCCCCUGUCUUCGCCACUACGGCCUCGCCUUCUUCGCUUUCCAGCCCCUGGCCGGCGGCUUCCUGACCGACCGCUACCACCGCGACACCCACGACUUCGAGCCCGGCUCCCGGUUCGACCCCGACCGGUGGCAGGGCCGGUUCACACGGGCGCGCUACUGGAAUGAGGCCUACUUCGACGCGCUCGACCUGCUGCGGCCCGUGGCCAAGCGGCACGGCCUGACCGAGGCCGAGUGCGCCCUGCGGUGGUUGACGCACCACUCGCUGCUGCGGAGGGAGCACGGCGAUGCGGUGAUUGUCGGGGCCAGCAGCGCGCGGCAGCUGGAGCAGAAUCUGGCCGACUGCGAUAAGGGGCCGCUGCCGGAGGAGGUGGUGCAGGCCCUGGACGCCGGGUGGCAGCAGGCCAGGAGUGUGAUGACCAAGUACUGGCAUUGA